GGGCAAGAGAAUUUUCGUUGCUGCUCUCCAACCUCAGGCUCCUUCUGCCUCUCUCUUCUUUCCCUUUACUUCUUUCUGGAGGGAAGAACGAAGAGAGAGAGGGAGAGGAGGAAGUGGGAUUGUGGAGGAGUGAAAAACCCUAGAUCGAGCUCCGAAAACCCUAGCCUUGAGCUUCCGUUUGACCUCUCCCGUCUUGCAUUUGGAGGUCUCUGGAAAGAAAAGAAAAGAAAAAGGCCGUUGAAGUACAAAAGGAGAUGAAUGUAAUGUUAAAAUUGUUGAGAUUUAUCAGCUAUUCUAAUCCACGAGUCUGAUGGUUCAUCUCGAGAUGCCUGCUGUCCGGUAUACGGUGUAGAUAUGCCACAAUUUUGGUUGGUUUGGCAGAUUAGAUUAUUGAAUUGAAAGCCUGGUAAUGGUAAAGAUUUGCCAGAGAUGGAGAGGGUUUCCGACUCCAAGAUGUUGCCCGGGCAGCUCCCUGGUGUUGAUCAGGCAUUGGGUACACAAGGGAACAGUUUGAGAGUAGAAGAAGGGCCAACUUGUGCUCGAAAAUCCGAAAAUUUGGAUCCACCCAUACCCAUUAGAGCAUGGAAAGGAAAGGUUCCUUUCCCAGAAGAGAAGGAAUUGGCACCCGAGGCUGAGAGCUUCAGGAGUGCCGACUCUUAUGAAGGAGGGCGGGGUUCUUUCUCAGGGGCAAGUCAUCCCCCGGAGCCAAUCGAUACAGACCUCAUGAGGACGGUAUAUGUAGCGAUAGACCAAGAUAAAUCUGAAACAGGGUGCUUGGUGAAAGGCUUAUCGGUCAAAGGUCCUUUUAUAGAAGAUCUUUCGAUUCGAGUUCCAGGGGUGAAACCAAAUGCUGCUGUCUCACCAGUUGAAAGUUUGGUUGAAGAGGCCACUGAGUCAGGUGCAGCAGCUUCUCCAUUUUCUGUUCCGCGUGCAUCACAGUCCACGGAAAAUGCGAUCUUGCCUCCAGACUCUGAAGAGAAGGAGUGUGUGUGGGAUGCUUCCCUUCCUCCCAGCGGCAAUGUCAGUCCACACAGUAGCAUUGACAGCACAGGUGUGGUGACUGCUAUGAGUGUUGUGAAUAGCUGCACAAGCACUUAUAGAAGUGAAGGGAUUACCAGCGAUGGAAUGCUUAGUGUGGAAAGGAACUGUGAAAGUGCCAAAGGAAGUGUUAGAGGAGACUCACUCGAGAGUGCAAAAACGAGUAUGAGCAGAGCAAGCGAUAGCAGUGGUCUUAGUGAUGAUAGCAACUGGAGCAAUAUUACAGGGAGUGCUAAUAAGCCUCACAAGGGUAAUGACCCAAGAUGGAAGGCUAUUCUUGCUGUUCGGGCUCGGGAUGGUAUAUUGGGGAUGAGCCAUUUUAGACUGCUUAAACGGCUUGGAUGUGGUGACAUUGGUAGUGUUUACCUCUCUGAGUUGAGCGGGACCAGAUGCUACUUUGCAAUGAAAGUGAUGGACAAGGCAUCCUUGGCGAGCAGGAAGAAGUUGACAAGGGCUCAGACUGAAAGGGAAAUCCUCCAGCUCCUAGAUCACCCCUUCCUGCCAACUUUGUAUACACAUUUCGAGACUGAUAGGUUCUCAUGCUUGGUCAUGGAGUUCUGUCCAGGUGGUGAUCUGCACACAUUGAGGCAGCGGCAGCCAGGAAAACACUUCUCUGAGUAUGCAGCAAGAUUUUAUGCUGCGGAAGUACUACUUGCUUUAGAGUAUCUGCACAUGCUGGGAGUAGUCUACAGAGACUUGAAGCCGGAAAAUGUUCUUGUCCGUGAUGAUGGCCAUAUAAUGCUUUCAGAUUUUGAUCUUUCUCUUAGGUGUGCGGUCUCACCAACCCUCAUAAAAACCUCAUCGCUUGACUCUGAUCCUUCCAAACGGGCUGGUGGGGCAUUCUGUGUCCAACCUGCCUGCAUUGAGCCUUCAUCAGUCUGCAUUCAGCCUGCAUGCUUUAUGCCGAAGCUCUUUCCUCAGAAAAGCAAGAAGAAGACGAGGAAGCCAAGGGCUGAGCCAGGGCAGCAGGUCACCACCCUUCCUGAGCUCGUGGCUGAGCCCACAACUGCUCGAUCCAUGUCCUUUGUUGGGACCCAUGAGUACCUAGCCCCUGAAAUCAUCAAAGGUGAAGGCCAUGGAAGUGCAGUUGACUGGUGGACCUUUGGUAUCUUCCUGCAUGAGCUCUUGUAUGGCAAGACACCCUUCAAGGGCUCAGGCAACAGGGCAACAUUGUUUAAUGUAGUUGGCCAGCAACUUAGAUUCUCUGAAGCUCCAUCAACCAGCUAUGCGAGUAGAGAUUUGAUCAGAGGUCUUUUAGUUAAAGAGCCCCAGCAUCGGCUGGGAGUGAAGAGGGGAGCCACUGAAAUAAAACAGCAUCCCUUCUUUGAGGGUGUGAACUGGGCACUCAUACGAUGCAGCACACCACCGGAGGUGCCAAGGCCGGUCGAGACAGAGCUGCCACUGAAGUUUGGUGUGGUAGAAGGAGUAGGGAGCAGCAGUAAGAGAAUGGUAGGGGCAGACAUGAAGUCUGGAGGAAAGUAUCUGGACUUUGAGUUCUUUUAGCAGUUCUUGAUUAUAGGCUAUUACUUCCUGUUGUAUUUGAGUCAUUGUCUUCUAAUCUAUUCCAUGGGUGUUCCUUUGCUCCAUAAUGCUAUAUAUCUGAUGGGUCUCAAGCUGUUCUGAAUUUCUGAUUUGCCCAUAUAUGAGAAACUUGCCUCUCCACUCUUUUCACA